AUGGCUGUCUCUAUUCUGCAGAAGGAGAGGCUCAAGAAGACAGCCUUGUUCUUUGCUGGACUGGGACACCUUCAGCCUCUACUAUUGGCAGCUACAAACUCUGACUACCUACUUGACAGGUUUCUUCUCGAGAAGCGUUGUUCCAGUGAGUAUGUCUCUAGGACAAUCACCUCACUCAUAUUCGUAGAGAUCAUAGCAACUGUUCUCAUGGGUGGUUUUGCAGUAUGCCUUGGAUUAUGGCCAGAUUAUUUCAAGGGUAUUUCCAGGGAGAAGGAGGAGGACUUUAGAGGAUAUCUCACUGUUGCUAUCCAAUGGGUUCUUUUCCUUGGAUACUUGCAGAUACUCAAGGCUUUUACAUCAGGUGGAGAAAGGGGACAUAUUCAAUGGUUUUACUAUUCUCUACUAUUUCAACACUUUUUUACCUGUAUCAUAGGAGCAGGCAUUGGAUUUAUAGAUGUGGACAGGGCACUAUGGUACCUUAUGAACAUUCCUGUAGCACCUGUCCUUAUCUUCUUCUACCAGAUGUUUAUCCACAUGUGGGCUCGUAAGAGUGGUCUGGCUUACCCGGCGUAUCUUGUGGUCAAGAGUCAGAUAUGGCUAGGUCUCCUCAACUCAUUCAUUGUCAUGGCACUAUGGACAGUUGCCUAUUUCCCUGGAUUGUAUAACUCUCAGCCAAUUCCAAAUGUGGUUGAGGUAAGGAUAAAGUUGGAUAAAACAGACUCAUACGACUGUACUACUAGUGGACCUAAUCGUGCUUGCAUGCUUGUUAGUGGAUGUAAGAAUUCUGAAAAUGUCAAGUACUGUCAUACACCGGAUACCUCGGGGCAUUUCAAGGAUAAGAAAUUUAUUGUUAAGGAGAUACAAUGUAGAGGUAAGAGGGUAGAAAAAGUUUCUUUUCCAGAGCAUGAAUUUUGUUCACAUGCAGAGGUCUAUCGGUCCAACAGUGAUAAAAAGUGGCUCCUAGUUAAGCUUCUGAUGGAGGAUGGUUCAGCCUACUACUAUGCAAAUCCCGAAGGAACUUGUGGAAGGUGGUGUGUUGGCAAGUUGCCGAGUAGUCACAAGGUAGAGGAUAUUGGAAAGAUACUCAAGGAGACUAAUAAUUGUGGUAGUAGCCAAAUUAAAGACAGUGGAGAAUUCCAAAGUAAGCUACUCAAGGAAGCUUCUCAACCUGGAGUAUCUAAUAAUACCACUUCUUACGCUGAUGAGAUAGUACUUAAUAUAAGCAACACUACCAAUUAUGUCUGUCAAUAUGAAGGAUCUAAAAAGACCGAUAUUAUUGUGACAGUUACCGAAGAUAAGACCCUUGUACCCUCUGGCCUGCAAAAUUAUACCUGCUACACUCAUCGGCCUAGUGUAAGCUGUAAGCUAGAUAAGGAUCUUAAAUACCGGAACGGUCAACCUUACCCGUUGCAAGAUUCUAAUGAUGAGCUUAAAGACAAGAAAGUUGACCACAUUCAUGUCUACUGUAAUACUUCUGCUGGACACAGGACUGACCUUCUUGUGAUAGUUACUGGCGAUGGAAACAAACACUACUACUGUCAGAAUGAGCACGGCCAAGUAACUGGUACAAAGCUUCAGGAUGGAAGGUAUGUAUCCGAUGAGUGUCUUAAGAAUAUACUAAUCUUUAUCCAAGUUUGCGAUGGUAAACUUCAGAAUGCUGGAGGUCUUACGAAUCUUAAUAGUAAUGAUAGCUACAGUAAAUAUAUUUCUAGUGAAAAACCCAAGAAUACAUCAUCAAGUUCCCCUCAUAGCCUUACUCUUGACCUGGGAAACAAGUAUCCGUAUAUAUGCACAAAUAAUGGAUAUAAGGAUGAUAAUAAUAAGACUCUUGUAGGCGUUACUGGAUUUAGAGGAUAUAAGUUUUGUCCGGACAAGAUUACUCAUACCGGAAUUGUGGACUCUGGAAAUCAUCAUAUGUUAGACCUCAGACCAUGUAUAAAAGGAAUCGUGGACGAAGUAGCAGUAUAUUAUGAGAAUCCUAUGAAUGAUCCUCUCCUGCUUUGCAUCAAGAAAAAUGAUAAAUCCUACUGCUAUUACUGUAAGGGAGAGGAUGAAUGCUGGUACAGGUCACUCACCAGCAAGAAUUACUCCAGCGUUAGGAGCGCUAAACUCCAAUCUGACCAUCUAAACUACGACUACUGGAAAGUGUUGGGUAAUCAUGAUGAUGGCUCAUGGUGGAAUCCCCUGUACUGGCGUCUAUCUGGUACCUUCAUGCCACUCCUUAUGCAUGGUUUAGCAGUUGGAGCAAUGGGUUCAAUCUAUCCUAAUUUGGUUCCCAAGACUCUGGUAUCUGCUAAGUGUGGUGGUGCAUUUAACGUCACCAGUAUGUUCUUGGCACCACUUCCUCAUAUUUUUAAUCUCAUAUUUCUUGAGACUAAGAGUAAAGCAUUUGCCGGCAGUGACUGGACUGUAAAACCAUGGUACCUUACUUGGCUUUUGUAUAUACCAUACUUUUUGUCAUUCCUACUCAUCAUCUUUAACAUUCACUACCCACGUUGGCGUACCUGUUGUUAUAUCAGAAGUCACACUUGGUUGGAAUUCCUCAUUAUGCUUUCUGUUAGUUUCACCAAUGAAAUUCUCCUGGCAACAGCAAGAGGUGGUAUCAUGGACCAGAGAAGUGGAAACAGACGUCUAGGAGGAGAUCGUGAAGGUUUGAAGAAUGAUCAUUCUCUCUUUAAUAAAAUAGCUCCUUUGAUGUCACUUUCUUAUAUACCAUUUUGGUUGACGACUUCUCCAAUGAUAAAGAGUUAUGCUCAUAGUGUUGAUCAGUACUUGUCUGAUAAGGAUAGGGCUUCUUGGCCUACUUCAUGUUGUGGCUUUUGGGCUUCCUGGAGAUAUUGGUGUAAAUGUGGUUGUCGUGGUCUCUAUACUAGUCUUCCUAAACUAUUGACUUUUAAUAUGAGGACUGCGUUGACUCAUAAGGAUGACCGUUUGUUUGUUUUGGUUACUUCUGACUUGCCCAAAGAGGAAUGGUUUACUGAUUGGUAA